CCCAUCAGCGCAUCGUGCCAGACAUUUUUUUUAAUUUUCGAUUCAUAAGAAAAAAUAGAAACGAAAUAUAUAAAAAGCGCACUUUCAAAUGGCAACCGCAGCUAAGCGACAAAGAACGGAUGAAGAGACGCCGAGCACUUCAAAGCACAGCCGCAAAGUAAACAAGGUGCUGCAAGAGGCACAAAAUACCGGGGAAUUUCCAACAGAUUGGGAUGUGGAUGAGUACAAAACGGAAUACGAAAGCGAGGAGCAUUGGGAGCUGCGACGCAGUUUUAUGGUCGAGCACAAAGAUCGCUUUGACGAGGAGCGUUUGGUGUGCCUCGCCCAGACAUUCAUCAACAUGGAGUUCAUGGGCUGCAAAUAUCCCUCGGAUGUGAUGCUUCUCGUUGCCGAAUUAUCCAAAGAUAUCGCCGAGGAGUUCCGUAAAAAUCGUGCCUUGCGACUGAAGCGCACCUUUGUCUCCGCAUCGGAUGCAGCUGAACAGCGUGCCAAAGGUAGACGGAACAACAAUAAAUAAUAACAAAGAGACAAUGAUUUACAUAUAUUAUUUCCGAAAUACAUACUGAGACAACAAGCAAAACAAGAACAACA